UCUCUCUCCCGUCUUCGUAUUCCCGGUUUGGUUUCUUCCUUUCUGAAGAAAAACCAGAGAGAGAGAGAGAGGUAAAAAAAAGUGAAAAUAUCGAAGAGGCGUGAGGGCUAUAUAAGGAGACGGGGGAAGGUGGGGAAGGCGAUGAGGAACUCUGAUCUGUCUAUGCCGACUUCCGGAUCUUAGAGAUAGAAGAAGAGAGGGCAUUACCCAUCCUCGCAUAGCAAGACGGACCUCGGAUCGCCCGUUGAGCGUCCAUCAAACUAUUUGGUUCAAUUUGAUUAGUCUGUCGUAUCUAGAUUCAACUUCACGUUUGUUCGAUCUGACAAAGAUCCGAGCUUCCUUUAUUGAUUUGCAAAGAACGUUUCCUCUCUUCUGCAAUACGUUUACUUAUUUGUGCUGCGUUUGUGAAGGGAGGAUCAUGGAGAGAAUGGAGUCUGAUCGUGGGAAACUUUUUAUUGGGGGAAUUUCCUGGGACACCAAUGAGGAUCGUCUUCGGGGGUACUUCAAGAACUUUGGGGAGGUUGUGGAGGCGGUCAUCAUGAAGGACAGGACAACUGGUCGUGCCCGGGGAUUCGGGUUUGUUGUCUUUGCUGAUCCCGCCGUUGCUGACAGAGUUGUCAUGGAGAAACAUCAGAUUGAUGGCAGGAUGGUUGAAGCCAAAAAGGCUGUUCCAAGGGAUGAUCACCAUAUACUUAAUAGAAACAACAGCAGCAUCCAAGCUUCGCCUGGUCUUGGUCGAACCAAAAAGAUAUUUGUUGGAGGCCUUGCUUCCAGUGUGACGGACGCUGACUUCAAGAAGUAUUUUGAACAGUUCGGAACCAUCACUGAUGUUAUUGUAAUGUAUGAUCACAAUACUCAAAGGCCAAGAGGAUUUGGUUUCAUAACCUUUGACUCAGAAGAUGCUGUAGAUAAGGUGUUGCAUAAAAUUUUUCAUGAACUCAAUGGAAAGAUGGUGGAAGUCAAGAGAGCUGUUCCGAAAGAGCUUUCACCAGGGCCUAACUUGAGGUUACCAAUAGGGGAAUAUAACCAUGGUAUUAAUAGAAUUAAUAACUUUCUUAAUGGAUAUAAUCAGGGUUACAAUCCAACCUCAAUGGGUAGCUAUGGCAUUAGAAUGGAUGGUAGAUUUGGUCCUUUAACUGGUGGAAGGAAGGCCAUCCCUUCUUUGACUCCUGGUUACGGAAUUGGAAUGAAUUUUGAGCCUGGGAUGAACCAAAUUUAUGGUGGAAGCUCGAAUGUCAACGGUAGCGUUGGUUAUGGUCGCUCCUUGAAUCAAUUCUUUGGUGGAAAUUCGAGUAGGUUUGGUAAUCCUAUUGGUUAUCGUGGAGGUAGCGGAAAUCCUGGAUCAACAUUUAGCUCAGCAGCUCAUAAUCUUUGGGAAAAUGGAGACGUAAACUAUGGCACCAAUUCUGCAGGUUCAAAUUCCUUCCUGAACUCUGGAAGUGGGAGUAUUGCUGGAUUUAGCAAUGGUGGCCUGAACUGGAGUGGCUUUUCUUCUCCUCUUGCAGCUCAUGGUGUGAGUGAUUCAACCUUUACUUCUGCAACUAUGAAUUAUGCAGCAGGGAAGAAUAAUUUUGGCUUGGUUGGUGGAAGUUAUGGAAGAGGCAGUGGCACUGGCUCUGCCAAUUCUUCCUUUGUUGCACCCAUCAAUGGUUUUGAAGGAAAUUAUAGUGAUUCAUAUGAUGGAAGUUCAAUUCAUGGCGACCCUAAUUGGCAGACAGCUCCUAAACUUGGUGGUUAUAGUCCAUUUGGUUAUGGGCUUGGUUCUGCAGCUUCAGAUGUCACAUUUAAGGGUGGUUCAAUUGAUUACAUGGGUGGUUAUAAUGUUUCGAAUAGGCAGACGAAUAGAGACGGAUGACAUUCUUGCGUGCAUGUUUCCUUCUUAGAUAUGUCAUUUCGCGAACAAGUGGAGUUUGUUUUAAAAUGUGUUGCUGCCUAGGAAGGUGUCAUUCUUUUUUGUCAGAUCUUAUUAUAGGUGAAGAAACCAGUAAUAGCAGGUUCAUGACUGUGAAUUUGGAAUAUUUCAUUGAAUGUAUAAUGUGGUUAGUUAAUUAUUUAGGGCUAACCAGGGAGCUUGUUUCAUAAAAUUCUAUUUCAAGGUUCCCAAAUUUAUAGGAUUUUCUCUACGGUUUGAGAUUUGUGUUUUUUUCUCUCUCUCUCUACAAUUGAGUUUAGGCUUUCCUUUCUUUGGGGAUCAGUUGAGGUGUAACACCAAACUGCGGAAUAUAUUGAGAAGAGUGUUUCAAUUUAUGUAAGUGAUUAGUGUGAUAGACAUUUUUUUCCUUUCAAUAAAAGAAAACUUCUCUAGUUUGUGGGAAGUUAACUGUUUUGUUGGGUAUAA